CGACAAAUACUAAGAAUGAACAAUUUCGAUCCAAGUACUGUAAUCUAGAGUCAAUACAACAGAAGAAUCGCACUUAUUAUGUGGUGAGGGUAAGUGUAGACAGGACACGUUUGGCAUGAAAAGAUAAACAAAACCAGAAGGCCACGUCUCUUGUCUUUUUCAUUCACUUGGCAGCAACGGUGGAUGAUAGAUCAUUUGUCUCCCGUGACCAUGGAACAAGAUCGAAGGCUUCAGCUCAUUGACAACGCAAUUCAGAAGCUUAUACAAGACGACCACGACAAAAACAACAACAAAGUCCGAGAAUCUCACCAUAACGACGAUGAUCGAUACCAAAACGCUCUUUCCCACCUUCUCUCCGUCUCUCAGUCGAACGUUUUGAAGGGAGAAGAGAUACCUGAGGAAUUUGAAGAUUCUAGAUCUUCUGAGUCUGUAAUUGAGGAGACAGAAGGAGAAGAUGAGGGUGGUGGAGAAAGGAGGGGAAGUGAAAACGAUGAGAUAAUGAAAGAGCUGAAGAAGGUGAAAAGGCAGAACUUUGUGACUCAUUGCCUUCUUUCAGUGAUGAUUGUUCUCACAGUGGUUUGGCAAGUAUCUGAGGUGUCUCUUAUUUUGCAACUGAAAGAUGGAUUAAGCCACCCUUUUAGAUCCUUUGGAAAUAUGCUCAAAGGUAUGGUGAAAGUCCCUCAGGUCAAAGGCCAGAACGCUGAUGACAAUGAAGAACUUCUUGAAUCUUCAUCCCUUCCUUCCAUGAUCAUUCCGGACAUGUCUCAUACCGGAAACUAGUCAAACUUGUCAUUUUCUUCUGAUGUAAAUUCCCUCUUUUUGUACCAUUUGCAAGAAUUUCCUUCUGAUUGUAGUACAUUUAGAACAGAUCUUGAUCAGUUCUUCAAAUGGUAACCUAAAAAAUUUCCUUCAAAGUCAAAUGGGUUUAUUUUACUUAGCCUUAUUUAUUAUUCUGUGUUGUAAGGGCCAAGGAAAGAACCUCUGGUGUCAAAAUACUGGAAAAUGUCCAGUAGUCCAUGCAGAAUGUAUCUUCCCCAUCGAUACAAAUAAGACCUUUUAUCCGGAGACAACACCGUACUCCUAUGAAGAUAGGAGCUAGUUCACACGUGCUGCUUUAAAUUUUCAGAAGUACUUUUUUGUGAAUUCCAAUAAAAAUUUAUAAAGAAAGAAUUGUUACCAUAUUUCUUAUCGUUUUUUAAUUUACACAUAUUAAAGUCUCUUUGGACAA